GUCACUUCACACUCUUGACUCUUGUUGUAAUCGUUCGUGAAACAUAAAACAACUAUUCGCAUCUUCAAAAAUGGCCUUUAGAAGCUGGUUUUUAACGCCUCAAGUCGAAGCUGCCGACAAGUCCAAGGACAAGGACAAGAAAAAGCAGGAAGAGGAGGAGGAGGAACUGGUUGAUCCUCAGGCCCAGCUGAGAGAGAAGUGCCAGGAGAAGGGCCACAUCAAGGCGCUGUUGAAGAAGUUGGAGGAUUGCAACGACCGUGUAAAUUCAAAAUCAAAGACCACCGAGACCUGCAUGGAGGAAUUGUUCGACUUUGUUGGAGAAUUGGAUCAUUGCGUUGCCCAUCAUCUUUUCCACAAAUUAAAGUAGAAGAUACCGAGGUCCUCUUUCAACAUUUUUAAACAUGUUCGCGGAGAGUCUUCUGCAUUAAUAAAAGAGAAGGAGCUAUUGUUAAGAUAAUAAUUUAAUGGACUUUUUUCCCCCACAAAAA